GCGGAGCUUACUGGCCGAUCUUCGGCUGCUUUCAGGUGCGCUCGAGGACGACAGCGACAACGAGGUGGUGCUGACCACGGAGGCGUCCGCGCACCAGAGGCGCCGCCGGCUGCCACCCUGGGCGUACCGCACCGAGGGACAAGGCGAGGACACGCCGCAGCUGGUGUUCCUGAAGCCGGCCGAGGUCGUGUCCUUCUCCAAGUUCGCGGAGCUGCGACGCGUCAACGCGCUGCACACGUUCGAGGGGCUGGAGAAGCUGUUCAUGCUGCGGCUGCACCACGCCGACCUGGUCGACCUCGCCUGGGAGAUGUUCAACGGCCUGGACAACCUGCAGGUGCUGUCCCUCGAGAACAACGGGCUGGCCUACGUUCCCGACUGGUCCCUGUACGGGGCGCCCGCGCUGCGCUACCUCAGCCUGGCGCACAACUCGCUGCUGGACGUGUCGUCCACGGCGCUGGUCGGCCUGCUCGAGCUGCGCUUCCUGGACCUGUCCCACAACAACCUGUCGCACCUGUCCGAGCUAUCGCUGCCGCCCUUCCCCAAGCUCCAGGGCGCUGACUUCAGGGGCAACCCCAUCUCGAACAUCUUCACCAGCACUUUCCAGGUGAUGAACUCGACGGAGACGCUGCUGCUGGGCGGGUCCGGCACGGCGCUGCAGCUGCAGGCCGGCAUGUUCCUGGGGCUGCGCGCGCUGCGCCGCCUCGCCGCCACGGACGUGACCGCCACGGCGCUGCACCGGGACCUGCUGCGCGGCAUGCCCCGCCUCCGGGACCUCACCCUCCGCGGCGUCGUGCCCAGCCUGCCCUACGACGGCUUCGUGGAGAAACGCAACAUAUUGACAUGA